GCCUCCUCGUCUCUCUCAUCGCCUCGGAGAACGGGAUCCUCAGGGAACCCGAGAGACUGCCGAGAGGAAAGCUAGAUCGUGGCCGCCUCCACUUGGGGAGGCGCGCGGAGAUUCCGAGGGGGAGCGACGGUGCCCGAGGGCGGAGGGGCGCUGAGUUUCGGGCCGGAGGGAAGUUAAAGCCGCGCGGAGAAGAUUGGCUUUUUUGGACGCGGGGUCGCCACAGCCAGGGACCCGCAGAGGAGUAAACUUAACGAUUGUCCUACAAACCAGGAGAGGCGUGCGCGGGGAUGAAGCCCAGCAUCGCCCCCAUUUCUUGAUCUGUCGUCUCCGGUCCCCCUCCUGCGAGGGCUCAGGGCAGCGCACGUGUGCAGACUGCGAGUGACCGUCCUGUGACCCGCCCAGGGACGCCGGCUGCAGCUCAGUCCUGCCUAGGACACACCUGGCUCAGCCCGUGCGCCUCCAGAGACCUGCGGGAGAGUGGGGGGAUCCUGGCCGUCGCCCCGUCGUCUCUUCUCCGCCCAGGCUUCUGGGGGCGCCGCGGAUGACCAUGAGAGAUAAAGACUGAGUGCUAGGACCGGGAAGAGAGCCCGCCGAGAGGUGGCGGGGGCUGCCCACUCCAAGGGCCACAGCGGCCGCGCUCCGGCCUCGCUCCGCCGCUCGACGCCUCGCGAAGCCCGUGGGGGCAGCCGGGCCGGGCGGCGAUGCCCGGGCUGGGGCGGAGGGCGCAGUGGCUGUGCUGGUGGUGGGGGUUGCUGUGCAGCUGCGGCCCCCCACCGCUGCGGCCCCCUCUGCCGGUAGCCGCGGCCGCCGCCGGGGGGCAGCUGCUGGGAGCCGGCGGGAGCCCCGUGCGCGCCGAGCAGCCGGCGCCACAGUCCUCUUCUUCGGGCUUCCUCUACCGGCGGCUCAAGACCCACGAGAAGCGGGAGAUGCAAAAAGAGAUCCUGUCGGUGCUGGGGCUCCCGCACAGGCCGCGGCCCCUGCACGGUCUCCAGCAGCCUCAGCCCCCGGUGCUCCCGCAGCAACAGCAGCAGCAGACGGCCCGGGAGGAGCCUCCUCCAGGGCGGCUGAAGUCUGCUCCGCUCUUCAUGCUGGAUCUCUACAACGCCCUGUCCAAUGACGACGAAGAGGAUGGGGCGUCUGAGGGUGAGGGGCAGGAGCCCGGAUCCCACGGAGGGGCUAGCUCGUCCCAGCUCAGACAGCCGUCUCCCGGCGCUGCACAUUCCCUGAACCGCAAGAGCCUCCUGGCCCCGGGACCCGGCGGCGGUGCGUCCCCACUGACCAGCGCGCAGGACAGCGCUUUCCUCAACGACGCGGACAUGGUCAUGAGCUUUGUGAACCUGGUGGAGUACGACAAGGAGUUCUCCCCACGCCAGCGACACCACAAAGAGUUCAAGUUCAACUUAUCCCAGAUUCCCGAGGGUGAGGCGGUGACGGCUGCUGAGUUCCGAGUCUACAAGGACUGUGUGGUGGGGAGUUUUAAAAACCAAACCUUUCUUAUCAGCAUUUACCAAGUCUUACAGGAGCAUCCGCACAGAGACUCUGACCUAUUUUUGUUGGACACCCGGGUGGUGUGGGCCUCAGAGGAAGGCUGGCUGGAAUUUGAUAUCACAGCAACUAGCAAUCUGUGGGUGGUGACACCGAAACACAACAUGGGACUCCAGCUGAGUGUGGUGACUCGGGACGGACUCCACGUCAACCCCCGUGCGGCGGGCCUGGUGGGCAGAGACGGCCCUUACGACAAGCAGCCCUUCAUGGUGGCCUUCUUCAAGGUGAGCGAGGUCCACGUGCGCACUACCAGGUCAGCCUCCAGUCGGCGUAGGCAGCAGAGUCGCAACCGGUCCACCCAGUCGCAGGAUGUGUCCCGGGGCUCCGGGGCUUCAGACUACAACAGCAGUGAGUUAAAAACAGCUUGCAAGAAGCACGAGCUUUACGUGAGCUUCCAGGACCUGGGAUGGCAGGACUGGAUCAUUGCACCCAAAGGCUAUGCUGCCAACUACUGUGAUGGAGAGUGUUCCUUCCCGCUCAACGCACACAUGAAUGCCACCAACCACGCCAUUGUACAGACCUUGGUUCACCUUAUGAAUCCCGAGUACGUCCCCAAACCAUGCUGUGCACCAACCAAACUGAAUGCCAUCUCGGUUCUUUACUUCGAUGAUAACUCCAAUGUCAUCUUGAAAAAAUACAGGAAUAUGGUUGUCAGAGCUUGUGGAUGCCAUUAAGUUGGAGCCAGUGGCAGGGGGUGACUCUGCCUCGGAUUCCCAACUACAUCUGCCUUAAAACACGUGAAGUGGCACAGUGAAUCGGGACGAUGACAUCACGAGCAUCUCCUGCUGGUGCCUUAGCCCGAGGAGGAUUUUAGGAGAACCUUGUUGACUCUUCCAGUUCCUAACUGAGCAGUUGCUGGUCUGUAGGAAGCUGUAAUGCUUACAGUGCAGGCCUGGGACUGCAGAAACAUAACGUUCACCUCCUCCAACCCCACCCAGACUAGUUUUAGUUUUUAGAUCUAGCUGUUUGUGGUGUAAGUAGAGAGUAAACUUGAAAGAAUAUUAAAUAUCCCUGGUUGGAAGAUCAAGUGGUUCUACAGCACCCAUCCCAGGGAGAUUUUGCAAGUAGCCGAAUGGAGGAGAGAACACUCUAUCAGAUUCCAUUCCCAGCAAGGGCAGCUCCCACGGGACCUGCAGCCUGGCCAUCAACGGGCUUUGUGGAGAUGCCUUCUGUCGACUGUUGUAGUUACAUGUUUUGUGUUGACUCUUGGUGAUGUGAAAAAAAUGUACUCAUUUCGGUCAAAACAAACUGUAGCAUGUCCACAGCAUCCUCCUCCCUGCCUCACAGAAUUCUUGACUAGAACCCAAAGUAGACAGACCGUACUUUGUGGCAGAGCCACGAAGCAUCUGCAGUAGCUCUCAUUUAAACUAUGGAACAGCAGAAUGUGAUUCUGCAGCUCUUGGGCAGAGUGGCUGACAAGCACAGGAACACCAGGACCACUGGCUCCAACAUCAGUUAUCUCUCUCUCCUAACUCUGCUCUUUGCCUUCUCCCUACAUUAGCAUUCCAUGGCUCAGGGCUAGAGUCUGAAGCAGAAACCCAGAGGGAAGGGACCUGCCUCUAAGAAUGGGUUUGUGGAGGUGAGCCUGUCCUUUGUAAACCAAAACCACCAUUUCCUCUUGUAGAAAGUAAGACUCAGACUGAAUUGUAGAAUAUUUUUUAAACGCCUUUUUCACAACCAUGUACCGGGAAGCCAAUUUCAUACUAAACUGAUUAAAUAAUACAUUUACAAUCUGUAACUGUUUGUACUUACAGCCUUCUUUGUAAAUAGAAACUAUAAUUUAUUGUCUAUUUUAUAUCCAUUUUGCUGUAACAUUUAAGGAAAGACCAGACUUUUUUCUUUAAAAAAAAAAAGUUUAUUUAGAAAGUAUAAACCAAUUGUACCACUUGAGUUUUCUUUUAAUACAAGACUCAUGAUGCAAAGCUGAAGCCACCGUGAGCUGGGCCAAUAGAGCUGGUUUCCAAGGACCAGCUGUGAGCCACACUUGAUUAAUAAUAAACGUUCAUAAUGGGCUGGUGGGGUGACUCUGCUCCUGAUGCUUAAGAAGCAGAUAUGGUCUUCUUUCAAGUCUCCUUGCCACACAGUUUGUGCCAGGUGUUGACUUCACCCUGCUUAUGGGAGGUGGUGAAGGGUCUGGGCACAAACAUAGUAGUUCUGAGAACAAGCCAGGCAGAGGCAUGGAUGGCGCAGGCUGCAUCUUUGCAGGGUUAAGAGCAGCAGUGUCUAAUAACCAGGACAUCAGGAACCAGAAGGAGCUGUGUGAAAUCCAACUUUGGGCUUCCUAGGCGAGGGCAGCCCUGCCGAUUGCAGUCUUUGGUCUUGAGGUCAAAUGAAUGUCACUGCUCAUACAUUAUUAGAAAGAUGGUCAGCCUCCUUGAAGGUGGAGAUUAUACAGCAAGCCUCUAAAAGGACUACGUAGGAAGAGAACCAGAAACUGUUUCCUGAAGGCCCAAGUGGAGCUGCAGAAUCUCCCUGGUCCUUGGACCUGGGAAAGCCUAUCAGGUGAGGACCCACCUUGUGGAGUGUCCCACACCCUCACUUUCUACAGAAGCCAUCUCCACACUCCACCCUAUGCAAAGCAGACGAGAGGAUCCUUUGAACAGCGUGAGUAUUUGGGGCACACAUCAGAAGUACCAUUUGUUAUGGUUUACCUCUCUCAACUAGAGAAGUAAUAACACCCAGGAACCCAACAGUAGCUGUGAAGGGAUCUUCAGGACUGUGGACUUUUGUUUUGAAAUCUGCAUACUAUGGACUGACCUGUUACUAAGUCUACAGUGCCACAGGCCCACUUUCCAGAACUCAGGCAAUUGAAAAAAAAAAAAAAAAAAAAAAA